AUGUUGCUUCAAAAAUGGGUGUUCCUUGUAACACUCUGGGUGCUGAUCAUCAGCCAUGGUUCUGCUGAUUCAGGGGAGGUUCUUGGCUAUGGCAUGCCUUCACCAACUACUUGUGUGAAUGAUCCAUGCCGUCCUCUGCUUUCACCUCCAGCACCAUCUCUUUCUGGCUACCCUUCAUAUGGAACCCCGCCACCACCAUCCCCUCUUUUUGGCUACCCUUCAUACAGAGGACCACCACCGCCAACACCACUUUCUGGCUACCCUUCAUACGGAACACCACCACCGCCACCCUCACUUUCUGGCUAUCCUUCCUAUGGAGCACCACCACCACCAACUACACAGGCAUCACCAUCGACACCAGGUCAAGGCUGUAGCCCUCCUGCUCCGGUUCAAUGCUGCCUUUAUGGUCCUCCAGCACCUUAUGAAUAUCUUCCCAAUCAAAACUACUCUGCUCCUUCACCUCUGCCCCUCUCUUGGUUUUCUGUAAUGGUGCUGUCACUUUCCUUUGCACUUUUACUCUAG